AUGCCUGACUCACGCAUCUACGACUACGACGGUCAUAUCACACCUCAAACAUCAGCUGCUCUUCAAGAAGCGGCAUCCAAAGCUAUUCUCCAGGCUACCGGCGCUCGAAUCGCCAUCACAAUUACACCGCUCAUCCACCCCCAUGUCAUCGUGCAAGGCUUCCCACUGGCCGUAAUCAGGUUUGAAGUAGGCAAGUUUAGCCCGUGGACGGCGCAAGAGAUUGGGGUGGUAGAUGAGGUUUUUAGGGUGGUUGGAAGAGGCCGAAUUGUUGGGGAAGAAGGGGUACGCCUUCAGCUCGUCAACGCUCAAUCAUUAGCCACUGCAAGAGCGCGAAACCUGGCGACUCCGUACCAUCACAGCGCCCAAGCAGUCGAUAGUCGCCCGCCGAGAAGGAGUCUUCGUCGCAGGGUUCAGAUUCUGGCGGGACGGGGUGCUGCUGCUAUGGAGCCUUCAGCACCUAUGAGGCCUGGGACGCCUCAUCCUGAUGGUAAGCGAAAGAGAUAA